AUGGCUAGUUAUGGACGCGUUGCCCUGUGUUACGAUCCUCUCCAUCGCGAAAGAUGCAUCGGGUUGUUAGACAACGGGCAUCCCUGCCCACAAGACGUCGACUUAAAGUGGCGUGAGAUCGCACAUACACAGCUGCAACUACUUCAAGACAUGACCGACUUGACCGCCAGGGAAUCUUGCCUUAAUUCUAUCACAAAACAUCUGCUAUGUGACUCCCACCGCCGUAUCCUGGCGCGCUCGACGAAACAUAGACACAUAUCACCAAUGGUGCAAAAGCAGAGCCAACCUAUGGUUCAGGAAGCGCCCUCUCGCCCUCUUCCUCGACUAGUUGGAGGAAUCAUUCAGGUGUCAAUUGGAGGCCCAGUACUGCAACGAACCGAGUUACCUUCAAUCUUGCGGCAUUAA